CUGGUUCCACCUGGAAUACAUCGCCACGCCAAGAUGAGCGUCAACGAGCAGCCAACCGAUUUCAGUUUCAAAUCGAGCAAGCUGGUUAUCCUGAAGGAUCUGAAGGCAAAGCUGAAGGGCUAUCUGUUCACCGGCGAUUACAUCAAGCAUCCCGUACUGUACGAGCUGAGCCACAAGUACGGUCUGCCGGACAAUGUGUCCGAGCAUCUGCUGCCCGACCGGCUGGAGGAGAUCAAGGAGGCGAUCCGGCGCGAAAUUCGUAAGGAGCUCAAGAUUAAGGAGGGCGCGGAGAAGCUGCGGGAGGUCGCCACUGAUCGCCGAUCGCUCUCCGACGUAGCAUCGAUUGUGAAGAAGAGCAACAAUAAACUGGCUGAGCUCAAGUCCGAGCUGCACGAGCUGGAAAGCCAAAUCAUCCUCACCCAGGGCAACAGUGUCAGCAAUAAUGGGGGCCACGAUCCCAUUUUGUCCACCGUCAUCCCGAGUGGCCCGGAACUUACCGCCAACGAUAAACUACUCAUCUCGCUCGAAAAACAGCUUAGCAUUGAGACAAAGGUGAAAAACGGUGCCGAAAACAUGAUCCAAUCGAUCUCGAGCGGGCACCACGGUCGAGAUAAGAAGCUACUGGCCGAAGCACAUCAGAUGUUGGCAGACUCAAAAGCCAAAAUUGAAUACCUCCGACUUAAGAUACUGAAAGUGCGUCAAAACAAGCUGAGCAGUAAAGUUUCGGAAGAGAACGGUGGCGAAUCGACGACAGCGACCAAACAACCGCAGGAACUGGAAACGUCGCUCGAUGAUCGUAUCGAGGAGCUGCGCCAUCGGCUUCGCAUUGAAGCGGCCGUCGUGGAUGGUGCGAAGAACGUUAUCCGCACGCUCCAGAGUACAAAGACGAUCGACAAAAAGGCACUGCAAGAGGCUCAAGGUCGUUUAUCGGAAUCAUCCCGCAAGCUCGACCUGCUUCGAAAAGCGCUAGAUCUAAGAAGACAGGAACUUCCUCCCGACUGUCCCACGGCACAGCAGCUAAAAGCGGAACUUCAAAAUGUGCAAGCAUCCAGCCCCGGUCCCGUACAGUACACAAUGCGAAACUCAUUCCGUGGCAGCGCCCAAGGUCGACCAGCACAGAGCCAUCAGUCGUUCAGUCGAUGUGCGGCUGUAACCGGCAAGCUGGAAGUACGGCUAAUGGGCUGUCAGGAUCUUCUCGAAGACGUUCCAGGUCGAUCGCGCCGUGACAAGGACGCCGGCUCGUCCAGCCCAGGCGAUCUGAAAAGCUUCGUCAAAGGUGUCACCAGUCGCAGCUCUUCGAAAAGUUACAGCGUAAAGGAUGAAACGUCAUCGGAAAUAAUGGCGGUGAUCAAGCUCGACAACAUUACCGUCGGUCAGACGUCCUGGCGACCCUGCUCACAGCAGGCCUGGGAUCAGCGGUUCAGCAUCGACUUAGACCGUUCGCGCGAGCUCGAGAUUGGUGUGUACUGGCGCGAUUGGCGUUCGCUGUGUGCGGUCAAAUUCUUGCGGCUGGAGGAGUUCAUCGACGACAUACGGCACGGUAUGGCGUUGCAGCUCGAACCGCAGGGUGUGCUAUUCGCCGAGAUCAAGUUCCUCAAUCCGAUGAUCUCCCGCAAACCGAAGCUGCAGCGCCAGCGCAUGAUCUUCAACAAGCAGCAGGUGAAGAACAUUCCGCGCGCCAAGCAGAUGAACAUCAACGUUGCCACCUGGGGUCGGCUGCUGAAGCGCAACACCACGAGCAGCAGUGCACCGACAUCGUCCGGACCUGGUGCACCUUCGCCAGGGUCGAUCACGCCCGGUUCGGGCGUGAUGAUGGCCAACCAGACCUCGGGAUCAUCCGUGACGACACCGUCCACACCAGGGUCGAUCGUGCUGCCGUACGAUGCUUUGCAGGACGAUCCGGUGGAAACGUUGGGCGAAUCGGCUGAUCACAAUGUCGUUGGACUUGGUGGCGGUCGUCCACUAGGCAUCCACGGCGUUGGCAUACUCCCGGAGAGUCCUUCGUCCCACUCGCUCCAGAACCAGGGCACACCGACGGCGGGACGCCCCAUUCCUCCAGCUCAGUCCAUCAGCACGCCGUCCAGCUUCCGGCAGAAAAAGCAACCGAUGCCAUCGCCGCGGCAAGCGACACCACCAAAAAUCGAUCCCGAGUUGGAGUAUGCGUUAAGCAAGUUCGAUUUCCUUCACCAGCACGAUAGUCUUAGUGGUGUUAGUUUGUACGAUAAACAGCAGCAACAGAAGCAGCAGCACGAGUCAUCGGUAGCAGCCGUAAUACCAUCCACAGUAAGCAGUGCACAGAUAAACAACUGUGAUAUCAGCCACAGGACAGAUGUCGAUGACGAGGAUGUGCCACCGCUACCGGCCACACCACCGCCAGUGCUGCGUUCCUCCAGCAUUAGCAGCAACACGGCAACUCCAGCAGUAUUACAAAAGUCCUUGUCCGGGGAUUUGCUAAGGCCCGUACUGUCGAUGCCACCGACCGUCCUAUAUGGCGGCGGUGGCGGUGGAUACAAUCGUGACAGCUACUACAGUACCGUCUCGUCCACGGACAGUCCGAUCGUGGAGGAACCGCCAUCACCUGCGCCGGGUCAUCAGCUGCAGUGCGCCCCAUUAUUCCCGGAAGAUGAUCUGACGUACGACAAUAUUAUUGAGAUCCUACCGUUCGAUCAGCUCACGAUCGGCGGCAAUGUGGUGCCACCGCCACUGCCACCUCAUCACCAUCAUCCGUCGGCAGCGAUGGCGGCCCAGCAAGCUUCCCUUGCCGCUGCCGUCGCCCUACAAGCUCAACAGCAGCAACAGUUCUACCAACAACAACAGCAGCAGCUUCUUCUACAGCAACAGCAGCAGCUACAGCCCCCGAUCGUACCACCAUCACUGUUGCACCAUGCUGCUGCCGGACACGCAUCCAGUUCUGCCGCUGGUAUGGUGGAAGUGGCAGGAGGGGUGGCAGCGUCCGGAGCCAUGGCAGCCGGUGCUGCUGCGGGACCUCCGGUGAAUCGACGCGCCGGUCCGGCAGCCCGUACACUCCAAUAUCGGGACAGUGCGUACGAAAGUCGUCGACAGUCGCAGGCAGCGGCCGGUGCCGGCAUGUGUAUGGAUAGCUUCCGAUUGCUGAGCGUGCUUGGACGUGGCCACUUCGGCAAGGUGAUACUGGCGCAGUACAAAAAUUCGGGCGAAUAUUUUGCGAUCAAGGCACUCAAAAAGGGUGACAUUAUUGCGCGCGACGAGGUAGAAUCGUUGCUGAGCGAGAAGCGUAUCUUUGAGGUUGCCAACACGAUGCGCCAUCCAUUCCUGGUGAACCUGUUCUCCUGCUUCCAGACGGAGCAACAUGUCUGCUUCGUGAUGGAGUACGCGGCCGGCGGCGAUCUGAUGAUGCACAUCCACACGGACGUCUUCUCGGAGCCACGGGCCGUCUUCUACGCUGCCUGUGUUGUGCUCGGUUUGCAGUAUCUGCACGAAAGCAAAAUUAUCUACCGCGAUCUUAAGCUUGACAAUCUUCUGCUGGAUACGGAAGGUUAUGUAAAGAUCGCCGAUUUUGGUCUGUGUAAGGAAGGCAUGGGAUUCGGUGAUCGUACCGGUACGUUCUGCGGGACGCCCGAAUUCCUCGCACCGGAAGUGCUCACCGAAACGUCGUACACGCGGGCCGUCGAUUGGUGGGGUUUGGGUGUGCUAAUCUUCGAAAUGCUCGUCGGAGAGUCACCGUUCCCGGGCGACGAUGAAGAGGAAGUAUUCGAUUCGAUCGUAAACGAUGAGGUUCGCUACCCACGGUUCCUGUCGCUGGAAGCAAUCGCGAUUAUGAGGAGGUUGCUGCGCAAGAACCCGGAACGACGUUUGGGCUCGUCCGAGCGUGAUGCCGAAGACGUAAAGCGACAAGCCUUCUUCCGUAACAUCGUCUGGGACGACCUAUUGCUCCGGAAGGUGAAACCACCGUUCGUGCCAACGGUCCGCUCACCGGAGGAUGUGUCCAACUUUGACGAGGAGUUCACGUCCGAAAAGCCGGCCCUAACGCCACCGAAGGAUCCACGUGUGCUUACUGAAACGGAGCAAACCUACUUCAAGGACUUUACCUACAUGGCGGACUGGUGUUGAU